AUGGAAUGCGAGGAGGGAGCGCGUGCCAUUGAGCUGCACGCAACGGCAGUGCAGGGUCUUGCCCGCUACUACCACCCGAGUGCUCAGGGCACUUCGGACGUGGAGGUGUGGCGCCGAGUGUUGGCAGCGCCGCCGAACGUGACCAGCCUCCGCGUGAACUGCCUCCGCACCGACGUCGACUCGGCGUGCCGUCAGCUGGCCGACCACCUGCAGCGCGCCGCGCCCAAGGCUGGACCCGAGACCACGGACGCCAGCGGCGACGAGGGCGCCGAGCAGCCGCAGCGCGAGCAAGCCAUGCCCACAGUUCAUCCCGUGCUGCGUGACGUCAUCAUCCUGCCAUGCACGGGUCCCCACAAGCGAGAGCCCAAGUAUCCACCGGCGGUCGUCGAUCGCAGUUGCGGCGAGGCCGUCCUUCGCGGCGCUCACAUCUACGCCGCUGGCGUGAUCGCAGCGGCGGGCGACCUGCAUAAGGGCGACAUGGUGUCCGUGUUCGUGGACGACGGGAAGGGCGGGAAGACCGGAAAGCUCACCCGCGGCGAGUUCGUACACGACGCGGGCAACUGGCUGUUCGUGGGCAACGGCAGAAUGACCAUGGGAAGGGGCCAGAUGUUCUCGGGCACCUCUGGCGUGGCGAUCGAGAUGGUGGAGCAGAUCUACGAGACUCCGUCGCUCAACGGGGUGAUGGACGACCUCCUCUUCCUGCAGAACAUCCCCUCCAUAGUCGUCGGCCACCUCCUCGACCCGCAGCCAGGUGAUCUGAUCCUGGACAUGUGCGCGGCUCCGGGAGGAAAGACGACGCACAUCGCCGCGCUCGCCAACGAUCGCGCUCGCAUCUUUGCUCUCGACAAGAACGUCGGCAAGGUCGAGGGAGUGCAGAGGCUGUGCCAGAGACUGGGCAUCACCUCGGUGACGGCGCUCACCUUGGACGCGACCAAAGCGCUUCUGCCCGCAGACUCCGCGCCCGACCAAGUGGGCGAGAAGAUCACCGGAUGGCGGGCUCACACCUUCGACCGAAUUCUGUUGGACCCUCCAUGCUCCGGUCUCGGCAACCGCCCACGGCUGAAGGACACCCAGACCUGGUCGGCCCUGCAGACCCACGCGGCCUACCAGCGCAAGAUCAUCCACACCGCCGUCCCGCUCCUCAAGCCCGGCGGCACCCUCGUCUACUCUACCUGCACCAUCAGCCCCCUCGAGAACGAAGAGAAUGUGGCGUUCAUUCUUCGAAUGUUCCCCGAGAUGGAGCUCGUCGAGCAGGUGCCCCGUCUGGGCGCGUCGGGACUGGAUUCAACGUCGCUCGGCCCGGCCGAGCGCGGGCUCGUGCAGCGGUUCGAUCCCACCCUCGACCCCGGCGUCACGGGCUUCUUCAUCGCCAAAUUCGUCAAACGACGGACAAGCGCCCUCUCCCAGUAA